UCACAUUCUCUUUCCACACCUAUUCCCAACUUCACCCCCAUAAUUUGUUUUCAAACCCCAUUUUCCCAAACUUGUCCCACCGCUUAAAUUACUUGGCUUAUUCCACAUCACAAUCAAUUCCAACACAUAAAACAUAAACCAUAAACAUAAAAACCCAAAAAAACAAUAUCACCUUCAACAUUCAAACCCUCUAUCUUGUUUCACAAAAAGGCUUAGGCCGCUUAGCCAUAAACAAGUACAAAAAAAAAAUAUAGAUAUAUUUUUUUAUGCAUGGCUUUGAUAACUUCUCAGCCUAAAAAUCCUAUACUCCAUAAUCACUUCACAACCCUUCAUUGUUCAAUACCACAAUUCAGUAGGUCCAUUUUGAAUCUUGGGCCAUUCUCAAAUAAUGCAAAAGCCAUUAAAUUGUGUAACUUCAACUCCAAGUCAAGAAAUUUUCCCUUGAAAAACAACCCCUUUAAUUUUAAUCCAAAAAUUAUAGCUAAAUCCAAUGCUGCAAUUGGAGAAGCUACUGUGGAGCCAGAAGAAGAAGUGCCAUUGAAACAUAGAAAGAUUUUUCUAUCUGAUGUUGAAGUGAAGAGAGAAAAAGAAGUGUUUUUUGGAAGGAAAUGGAAUUCAUUAGAUAUUGGAACUUUUGUUAUUGUUUUGUCAAUGCAUUUGCUUUGUUUAUUUGCUCCAUUCAAUUUCAAUUGGCCAGCUUUUUGGGUUUCUGUGGCACUUUAUGUUGUUACUGGAUUGUUUGGAAUAACAACUUCUUUCCAUAGAAAUCUUUCUCAUAGAAGUUUUAAGCUUCCUAAAUGGCUUGAAUAUUUCUUUGCUUAUUGUGGAGUUCUUGCUCUUCAGGGAAAUCCAAUUGAUUGGGUGAGUACUCAUAGGUAUCACCACCAGUUCUGUGAUUCUGAGAAAGACCCUCAUAGUCCAAUUGAAGGAUUUUGGUUUAGCCAUAUGAGUUGGUUAUUUGAUACCAAUUCUAUUGCAGAAAGGUGUGGAGAACCAACCAAUGUUGGUGAUUUAGAGAAACAAUCUUUUUAUAGAUUUCUUAGAAGCACUUACAUGGUGCAUCCAUUUGCUUUGGGAGCUCUUCUAUAUGCCAUUGGUGGAUUUCCUUUCCUGGUUUGGGGAAUGGGUGUGAGGGUUGUUUGGGUUUACCACAUUACUUGGUUGGUUAACUCAGCUUGCCAUGUUUGGGGGAAGCAGCCUUGGAACACAAGGGACUUAUCAAGAAAUAAUUGGUGGGUGGCUUUGCUUGCAUUUGGUGAAGGUUGGCACAAUAAUCACCAUGCAUUUGAAUAUUCAGCUAGACAUGGUUUAGAGUGGUGGGAACUAGACAUGACUUGGUACUUGGUCAAAUUUCUUCAAGCUAUUGGUUUGGCAACUGACGUUAAAGUACCAAGUGAGAGUCAGAAGCAGAGAAUGGCAUUGAAUAAUAAUAACAAUGAUGUAGUAGCCACAUGAAAUACACAUUUUUUUCUAUUGAAGGUAUCAAAAGAAUGAGGAUAAUAUAAUAAAAUUAAAGAUAAAAUUAUUUGAGAGAGUUUGAAGAUGUCAUAAAGGUUUUGUUAGGCUAUUGUUGUUUUAAAUUAUGAGUGCUGGAUUAUUUGACUAUGUAUAUGGGACUAAAAUACUAGUAAAUGUUAGUUAGUAUAGAAGAAUAUUUAUUUCUUAUCCA